UAUGGUGAUGAUAAUUCGAAUUUAAUGAUAUAGUCACCUGAGUGCAAAUUCGGUACUAUUUUGAGGGACUCUAAGGAUCGCAUUUUAUAUUUACGGUGCGCAAUCUCGCUAUUGCUUCAUUGAUAAUUUUAAUAGAGAUAAGGCUGACAACUAAGGGAAAUACACAUUUUCAUAUUCAGUUUCAAGCUGACUUUACUUUGGUGAAUAUGCAGGACUACAGGCAUCAAGAUGAAGACUGCUACCCGUUACCUAUAUCUAUGGAGGAUAUACCAAGCGAACUAUUGGGCAUUUUCGGUGACAUCAGUACUCCUCCGGAUUAUUACAAGCAGCCCAUGGAAACAUGGGACGCGUAUCAAGUCACCGAUUUUUUAAGAAGAGAAACGUGGUGUCCAGAUUGCAAUUUCAAUAUUGACAGUUUUCAUUCUGUUUCUGGAUAUAUUUUUCGACAUUUAUCGCCAACACAAUGUGAAGCGUUUCUGCGUUCCAAGGAACAUGGAAAGCACAUUUAUGAUAUAAAAGAGAACUUUUUAAAUAAUUGGAACAGGGACGAUUAUUUUAAUCCUCCUUCGCCAUUAGAUGUUAACAACAACUCCAGCAAUGACUCUAUAGAUGCCAGUUUACCUUCAAACAAAAAUCUUACGUCAAGAAUUAGACGGCCUGGCAGACCACGUACACAUCCGCACUCAUUUACCAAGUGUGAAAGAAAAUCGUUUAAAAUAUGGGAGUUUUUAAUCAACCUAUUGAAAAACAAGACAACAUGUCCGAGUCUGAUACGAUGGGUGGACUUUGAAGAAGGCAAGUUUAUGUUUGUUCGGCCCGAAGAAGUUUCAUCACUUUGGGGCCGGAGGAAGAUGAAUUUGAAUAUGACCUACGAGAAAUUUAGCAGGGCAAUGAGGUACUAUUACAAAAGUCAAGUACUGUUGCCAGUUCCUGGUCAGCGAUUAGUAUAUAAAUUUGGCCCCCUUGCAGUAGGUUGGAACAAAAUUCAACCUAUUUAUUAAAGAUAUUUAAUAAUAUAUGGCAUGUUUUCGAACUUGAACUCAAAAAUUAAAUAGAUGAUAUAAGGCUUCAAAUAUUCCGAAUACCAACAUUUUUUUAAUUCACUUUUUUAUUAUAAAAAUGUCGAAUUAGUUAGAAGCUUAAAAUCUUUUUUAGCCUGUUUAUUAAUUUACCGGUGUUUAUAUUCAUUUAAAUUUCAGUUCAAAAACACCCAUCUUUAAUAUUUAAAAUUAGAAUCUCAAAAAUAUUAAAGAAGGUUAGUUAAUAAGAUUUACUAUAGUCAAA